GAAAAGAGAAGAAAGUACAAAAGAAGUGUUUCCCUCUACUGGCUCAUCUUCACUGUGCCACUCUCCCAUUCUGAUUACUCCUCAUAAUCACUAAGGGAAGAUGAGUAGCCUUUUGCGAGUAUGACAUCUCUGACUGGUGUCAUUGCUUCCCAUCAGUCUGAGUGGGUGUCCUUCAGUGAUGACCUGCUCCUCCCUGUUAAACUGCAAGGUAGCACUGAGGAGCCUCUGGAAAAAUGUUUUUCUUCGUCAGAUACCUCCUCAGAAGAGAACCAAAAUGUGGAUGGAGAAUUUCAGGAUCUUUCCCACAACAAUCUGAACGAUGGAGCUGACAAUCCCAAGGUGGAUUCUGCUGUACUUGGGAACCAUGUAUCUCCCAGAGCUGAUCUGUCAUCAUCCAUUAGUGCUUGGGUUCAGUUUGAAGAUGCACCAUGGACCAGUGCUCCACCAGCCCAUCCACAAGCAGUGUCUCCACCAAAGGCACCCAGCUGGACUUCCCCCUCCUCAGACUCUUCUGAGAGACGAGCCCAUGCCUCAGAGAGCAGCUGGACAACCAACUCAGAGGACACAAGCAGCCCAAGCAUUGCUCCCUCCUACACAGAUCUGCAAUCGAUCAAUACUGAGGACUUGACGAGUGGUGGAACAUCUGUGGCAGAUUCAGCUGACAAUUCCUCAUCUCUCCAGGAAGAUGAAGAGGUAGAUAUGGAGGCUGUCAACUGGCAGCUGAACAACACCUCCAUGAAUGGGCAUUCUGCUACCCCAACCACAGCUCGCUUUCCCAGCUGGGUGACUUUUGAUGACAAUGAAGUCAGUUUUUCACCACAGAACCUUUCUCCCUUGAAAACAGACACCCCACCUCCAGAAAAACAGACUCCAGAUGUCAACUUUAACCUCACUGCAUCCUUUAAGAAAAGAGAACGUCCUAAAAGCACAUUGGGUGACCUCUCCAAAAUUCAAAAGCUAGAUCUUUCCUCCUUAACCAAGUUGCCUUCUGUUGAAACACCACCGUGGAGUGCUACUAAUCCCUUCUUGGAUGAAUCUCUGCGAGAUGUCCAACCCUCACCCAUCAAUCCAUUUAGCUCAUUCUUUGAGGAGCGAGACAGGCGUUCCCAAAGUUCUUCUGUGGCUAGUGCUCCAGGCAAAAGCCAAAGAGACUCUCUCAUUAUUCUCCACCAAGAACCUGAUACCAUCAGUUUCCAUGAGUCAAACAAAAGUGUCAUCCACACAGAUGCUGUAGAGCAGCUCAAGCAACUCCAGAUUGGAGACCCAGAUCACGUGAGCAGCCCUACCUUGCCUGAUGAUGACCCCAUGAUGCCACAUGAUUUGGGUGCCAACUUAUUUAGCCUGGCACCAGCUCAACCAAAGGAUGGAUGGCCAAUGAUGCUCAGGAUCCCGGAGAAGAAGAAUAUUAUGUCAUCCAGGCACUGGGGACCAAUAUAUGUCAAGCUGACUGACAGUGGAUGUAUACAGCUUUUUUAUGAAAAAGGACUGGAGAAACCUUUCCGGGAAUUCAAACUUGAAAUCAAUCAUGAGAUUUCAGAGCGCAAACUCCAAAACUAUGAUGAGAAUGGAAGGAUACACAGUGUGCGGAUAGACCGUACCACUUACAAGGAGAAAAAGAAGUAUCAGCCUAAGCCAGCCAUUGCUCAUGUAGCAGAGAGAGAGCAAGUUAUCAAGCUGGGAACUACAGAUUAUGAAGACUUCCUUAGUUUCAUCAGUGCUGUGCAGGACACACUGAUGAACUUGCCAGCCUCAUCAACAGAUCUGAGCACAGUAGGACUGAACUACCAAGAAGAAGAAAUCACUGUUGACGUCAGGGAUGAGUUUCAUGGCAUAUUGGCCAAAGGAGACAAUGUGAUUCUCCAGCACAGUGUGCUGACCCAUAUCUAUGUUCUCAGCUUCCUUUCUGGCCUGGCAGAAUGCAGACUGGGCCUUAAUGACAUCCUGAUCAAAGGCAAUGAAAUAGUUGCAAGGCAGGAUAUUAUGCCCACUACUACCACUAAGUGGAUUAAAUUAUACAGCUGUCGGUUCCAUUCAUGUGUGGAUGAAGAUAUGUUUAAUAACUCCCGUAUUAUUCUAUUCAACCCCUUGGAUGCCUGCCGAUUUGAACUGAUGCGAUUCAGAACUGUCUUUGCUGAGAAAACUUUGCCUUUUACUCUGAGGACAGCAGCCAGCAUCAAUGGUGCUGAGGUGGAAUUGCAGAGCUGGCUGAUGAUGUCCACGGGGUUCUCUUCCAACCGUGACCCUUUAACUCAGGUCCCUUGUGAAAAUGUGAUGAUCCGCUACCCAGUGCCAAAUGAGUGGGUGAAGAACUUCCGCAGGGAGAGCGUCCUGGGGGAGAAAUCUUUGAAAGCCAAGGUGAACAAGGGUGCCAGUUUUGGAUCAACCAGUCUGUCUGGUUCAGAGCCAGUAAUGAGAGUAACUUUGGGGACUGCCAAAUAUGAGCAUGCCUUUAAUUCCAUCGUAUGGAGGAUAAACAGACUGCCUGAUAAAAACUCAGCUUCUGGCCAUCCUCACUGCUUCUUCUGUCACCUAGAGCUUGGCUCUGACCGGGAAGUGCCUUCCAGUUUUGUCCGCCAUGUCGAUGUGGAAUUUGACAUGCCCACUACGUCUGCAUCCAAAGCCACUGUUCGGUCCAUCUCUGUUGAGGACAAGACCGAUGUGAGGAAGUGGGUCAACUAUUCAGCACACUACAGUUACAAGGUAGAAAUAGAGCAGAAAAAAAGCUUGAAUGAGGAUCUGAAGGGAGAAGAUGCCGAAAACCUCAAUGAAUGUGCCACACAGUGAAAGAGCGGUCUGCAAGUCCUAAGAGAGGAGUGGUAGAAUUAACAGCCCUAGAAGAAAAGAACUGCAGCAUUUUGGUAUUGUUCUUGAAAAGUAUGGAUUAUUACUUUCAAAAUAAUGCUCCACAUAGCAUUGAGUAUUUUUGCUCAUGAUGAUCUAUACUUUGAAAAGAAGCUCACCAGUGGUUUGUUUGGAGUGGACCCAUGGGCUUUUGCUGGAAUGAUUUAGGUACAGUCGGUGUAUAGACAGACUGACUUGUAUUACAGUCAAGCUUACCUUCACUGCCUCCUCACCGUUUAGGUUCUGCACUGAAGUAUGGUGUGGCCACCAGCACAGCCAAAUCAGAAAGCACCCUUCAUCUCACUUGCAAUCUUGCUCUCCUAUGUUAAGCAUAUGAUAAGCUGGUUUGGUCGUCGGCAUUUUCAUUUCCUUCUGAACUGCCUAAUAAAACCCAGGGAGCACUGAGUAAAGAAUGAUACAGUGUCUCAUUUCUGAAAUUGUCAACAUAGUGAAAAUCCUGAACAUCGUUCUGGAGAAGCAACAAACUCUGCGUCUUAAACAUAGUAAAUGUCAAGCAGAUGAACAAGAGUACAGCUGAUCAUCUGGCUGUUCUUCUAUUCACCCUUUCCUGCCUUGUCCUCCGAACUAGAACAUGUCAGAGUGCACAUUUUCAUUGGGUCUGGACAAGUUACAAGAAAGCUUCUGCAAUUCCUAAAAUUUUUCAUUUUUUAGUCUGGGCUGUCUAUUAUCUUGACUAAACAUGGUUAUAGCUGCUAGUAACAGAGGAUGUGGUUAUAAUAGAGAUGAUAUAGAUGGGACAUUACUAAGAUUAGCCUAGAAAGAUAUUUAAGGAAAACACGUUCUUUUUUGAAAAUGUUUUUAAUGUUAAUGUGGUUGAUCAUUGAAAAAAGCCGAAACAAUAUUACUGUCUGUCCUUGCAACACAGUAUUACUUUCAUGUUCUAUUUUGGAUCUACAAUACAAGUAAUUUGUGUGCAACUAUCUUUAUAAAACACCCGCUAACUUAGACUCAGCUUUUUUCCAGCACUAAAACGGGCUUCCAUUGUGGAGAUUUUUAGAUCUACCUUAGCCAAAAGUAACAUCAGGUCUUAAACCUUCUUUAACAAAAAUACAGAAGGCAAAAAAAAAUCACUCAUUCAUAUAUAUUAUUAUUCAGAUAAAACAGUGUUUGAAAUAUCUAGUUUUUGUAGUUGUUUUUAUGACUUGCAUAAUAUUUUGUCUCAAAGUAAUUUUAAAUAUAAAAAAGUAAUUUAUUAAACCAUUUAUCUUUUAAAAGGUUACUGCUGGCUUUAAAAUCACAUAUUUGGAAGGCCCUGGCAAUGUAAUUUAACCUCAUAAUGGAUUAAAAUGAAAACUUUUUAUAAAAGGUUUAUAAAAAUAUAUUACAUUUCACAUAACAGAAAACUAAUUUUCGCUUCUGAUUCAUCACUGCUUUCACUGUUUAAUUUUUCACCAUGAAAAUCACUACAAUGGUUAAAGUCCCCAAUAAAACAUGAGAUUAAUUACAUUGAGUCUAAAACCUGUAGUGGUAGACUUUAAAGCACAUUAUAGGGAACUUCUGAAUGCCUUUUAAUUUCAGGCCUAGAUCAACUCAGUGAUGUAUAUUUACCCAGCCAUGCACCAGCAAAAUUACACUGCUGUAAAUUAGUAAAAGUCUCAGUCCUUCAAGGACUUCUUAAUGAGCGUAUACUGUUGCACUGCAAGAGAACAUCUCUGAGCAUGCCAAUUAGUACCAAGUAUUUGCAACAUCUCUCUGUAAAUGGGAGAAUGGUACUAACUCUUAUGAAGCAUUUUGAGAUCAGUGGGUGAAAACUACUGAUAAAGUGCUAAGAAUUAUUAUUUAUUAAUUAAUAAUUUAAAUAGAUCCUGAAAUGUGUAACAGCAAAAAUCUGAAUUCAUGCUGUCAGCUCUGUUACAGGCUAUGAUGAAUUUCAUGGCAACUCCUCUGUACAAAAUUCACUUUUCUUCUCAUUGUUCUUUCUUUUCACUAAUUGUUUGCAG